GCAUGGACUGCUAACACUGUCACAACUUUCUCACAUCGGUGGUAAAACUCCGCGGUGGCGGAGUAACAAGAAACUGCACGGUCAGAACAACCCAAUGGAGACUAAGAUUUAGACAGAAGAGCUUUUCAUAAAGAAUCAUGCCUGGUGUCCGCAGCGGGAAGAGGCUCUCUGAUGGGCUGAUGCUGGAGGAAUCAGAGAAAGGACAAUUGGUCGUUUCCAGUGUUGUUGAUGGAUCAUUGGCCAAUCAGGGGCUGAAAGAAGGAGAUGAAAUUGUGGGUGCCACAAUCAACUUUGACCAACUUUCGAAAGACGAUGUGUUGAAAAUCCUGAAGUUGAUGGAUGAUAAUGGAUUGGAUGAGAAGGUUCAAGUUUUGACGAAAAAUAAUUUGCACAAGAGUAUGGGGACCUUGGACAGCAUGAAAGCACCAGAGGAGAUGUUGAACGAUUCCUAUAACAGACUCAAUGCCAAAAUAAAGAAGUUCAUGAAGGAGGACAGCUCUGGACAACCUACAGCUUCUAGGGAAAGAGGCUCUCCUAACAGACAGGUACCGAGAGCUCUCUGGGUCAAGCCUGAUGUCAGAGGAACAGACUCUAGAGUGACUCUCGAUGCUCCUGGUGGAGAACUUUCGUUGCCUAAUGCCAACAUGAGUACAACGGAUUUCUCCCUAGCUCAAUUGAAUGGGUCUAUAGAGGCUGAUCCUGAUGUCAAUAUCUCAGAUUUACCUUCAGUAGACCUUAAAGGUUCCAAAAUAGAUCUAGAAUUGCCAAAUUCAGACAUUGGCAUCCCAUCUGGGAAGAUCAAAAAACCAAGUCUUGGUAUGGCUGACUUUGCUAUGUCUGGACUAAGAUUUAGGAAUCCAGACCUGGACCUCUCAGCGGAUGAGAUGUGUGUAUCAGACGUCAGUUUGCCUGACCUCAGUACUUCAGAUAUUGACAUACCCUCAGGUAAAUUCAAACUAACGAAACCACAUGCAGAACUCAAAGCUCCUGAUUUCGAUGUGGAUGCCCCCUCUGGUAAACUGAAGAUGCCCAAAUUUGAUGAUGAUGUAAAAGCACCAAAGCUAAUUCUCAAAGCUCCCAAGAUAAAAGGUGGACUUGAUGCACCUGACUUGGAUUUACCCAAAGUCGACCUGAAAUCACCUAAAUUAGAUGUAAACACUCCAGGUAUUGACAUUGAUUCACCCACAGGGAAAUUGAAAAUGCCCAAAUUGAAAAUGUCAACAUUUGGAAUGAAGGGGCCACAUAUUGACAAAGAUGGAGAUAUAGAGGGACCAGACCUGAACUUGUCAUCUCCCAAACUCAAGGGUCCCAAAGCAAACCUCAGCAUUCCAGAUGCUGAUAUUGACAGUCCAUCAGGAAAAUUCAAAAUGCCAACUUUCAAGAUGCCACAUUUAGGUUCCUCUGGACCAAAGGUUAAGGGGCCUGACUUGGAUCUUUCAGCCCCCAAGUUUAAAGGUGGGAUUGAUGCCCCUGACAUGGAUUUACCAGACAUGGGCCUCAAAGCCCCUAAAUUAGAUGUAAACACUCCAGAUAUUGACAUAGAUUCACCCACAGGGAAAUUCAAAAUGCCAACUUUCAAGAUGCCAGAUUUAGGUUCCUCUGGACCAAAGGUUAAGGGGCCUGACUUGGAUCUUUCAGCCCCCAAGUUUAAAGGGGGAAUCAGUCCCCCAGAUCUGAAUCUGCCAGAUCUCAAAGGCCCCAAACUAGGCCUAAAUGCACCAGAUGUAAACUGUAAUAUGCCCUCAGGUAAAGUCAAAGUACCUACAUUGAAGAAACCAAAGGUUGAUCUGAAUGCUCCUGAUCUGGACAUUAACGGCCCCUCUGGUAAACUGAAAAUGCCCAAAUUUGGGCUGUCUGGUACAUUGCCAAAAUCCACAAAACUGAAUCUCAAAGCUCCAAAGAUAAAGGGGGGAAUUGAUUCCCCAGAUCUGAAUUUUCCAGAUGCUGAUCUCAAAGCCCCUAAACUAGAUGUGAAUACCCCGGAUCUUGACAUCAGUGCAUCCUCUGGGAAAUUCAAAAUGCCCAAAUUCAAAAUGUCUAAAUUCAAAGGCCUAAAAAGACCAGAUGUUGACAUUGAUGGAGACUUAGAGGGCGCAGAUAUAGAUAUCAAUGCCCCCACAGCUAACCUCAAAGGUCCCAAAACAGGUCUAAAAAUGCCAGAUUUGAAGAUGCCUGGUUUCGGGCUAUCUGGGCCAAAUGUAGAUGAACCUGACUAUGACUUACCUGAUAUUGAUCUCUCAGCCCCAAAGCUAAAAGGGGGCAUCAAUCCCCCAGAUUUGAAACUACCUAAAGGUAAAAUCAAAGGCCUAAAACUAGACCUCAAUGAUCCAGAUUUGGAUGUUGACGCUACCUCAGGAAAACUGAAAAUGCCCAAAUUUGGACUCUCAGGCACUAUGCCAAAAGGACCAAAUCUGGACUUAAAUGCAGGUGCGAAACCACCAAAGUUCAGUCUAAAUAUGCCAAAGAUAAAAGGUGGACUUGAUGCGCCUGACAUGGAUUUACCAGACAUGGACCUCAAAGCCCCUAAAUUAGAUGUAAACACUCCAGAUAUUGACAUUGAUUCACCCACAGGGAAAUUGAAAAUGCCCAAAUUGAAAAUGUCAACAUUUGGAAUGAAGGGGCCACAUAUUGACAAAGAUGGAGAUAUAGAGGGACCAGACCUGAACUUGUCAUCUCCCAAACUCAAGGGUCCCAAAGCAAACCUCAGCAUUCCAGAUGCUGAUAUUGACAGUCCAUCAGGAAAAUUCAAAAUGCCAACUUUCAAGAUGCCACAUUUAGGUUCCUCUGGACCAAAGGUUAAGGGGCCUGGCUUGGAUCUUUCAGCCCCCAAGUUUAAAGCUGGGAUUGAUGCCCCUGACAUGGAUUUACCAGACAUGGACCUCAAAGCCCCUAAAUUAGAUGUAAACACUCCAGAUAUUGACAUUGAUUCACCCACAGGGAAAUUGAAAAUGCCCAAAUUGAAAAUGUCAACAUUUGGAAUGAAGGGGCCACAUAUUGACAAAGAUGGAGAUAUAGAGGGACCAGACCUGAACUUGUCAUCUCCCAAACUCAAGGGUCCCAAAGCAAACCUCAACAUUCCAGAUGCUGAUAUUGGCCGUCCAUCAGGAAAAUUCAAAAUGCCAACUUUCAAGAUGCCACAUUUAGGUUCCUCUGGACCAAAGGUUAAGGGGCCUGGCUGGGAUCUUUCAGCCCCCAAGUUUAAAGCUGGGAUUGAUGCCCCUGACAUGGAUUUACCAGACAUGGACCUCAAAGCCCCUAAAUUAGAUGUAAACACUCCAGAUAUUGACAUUGAUUCACCCACAGGGAAAUUGAAAAUGCCCAAAUUGAAAAUGUCAACAUUUGGAAUGAAGGGGCCACAUAUUGACAAAGAUGGAGAUAUAGAGGGACCAGACCUGAACUUGUCAUCUCCCAAACUCAAGGGUCCCAAAGCAAACCUCAACAUUCCAGAUGCGGAUAUUGACAGUCCAUCAGGAAAAUUCAAAAUGCCAACUUUCAAGAUGCCACAUUUAGGUUCCUCUGGACCAAAGGUUAAGGGGCCUGGCUGGGAUCUUUCAGCCCCCAAGUUUAAAGCUGGGAUUGAUGCCCCUGACAUGGAUUUACCAGACAUGGACCUCAAAGCCCCUAAAUUAGAUGUAAACACUCCAGAUAUUGACAUUGAUUCACCCACAGGGAAAUUGAAAAUGCCCAAAUUGAAAAUGUCAACAUUUGGAAUGAAGGGGCCACAUAUUGACAAAGAUGGAGAUAUAGAGGGACCAGACCUGAACUUGUCAUCUCCCAAACUCAAGGGUCCCAAAGCAAACCUCAACAUUCCAGAUGCUGAUAUUGGCCGUCCAUCAGGAAAAUUCAAAAUGCCAACUUUCAAGAUGCCACAUUUAGGUUCCUCUGGACCAAAGGUUAAGGGGCCUGACUUGGAUCUUUCAGCCCCCAAGUUUAAAGGGGGAAUCAGUCCCCUAGACCCGAAUCUGCCAGAUCUCAAAGGCCCCAAACUAGGCCUAAAUGCACCAGAUGUAAACUGUAAUAUGCCCUCAGGUAAAGUCAAAGUACCUACAUUGAAGAAACCAAAGGUUGAUCUGAAUGCUCCUGACCUGGACAUUAACGGCCCCUCUGGUAAACUGAAAAUGCCCAAAUUUGGGCUGUCUGGUAAAAUGCCAAAAUCCACAAAACUGAAUCUCAAAGCCCCAAAGAUAAAGGGGGGAAUUGAUUCCCCAGACAUGAAUUUACCAGAUGCUCAUCUCAAAGUACCUAAACUAGAUGGAAAUGCCCCUGAUCUUGACAUCAAUGCACCUUCUGGGAAAUUCAAAAUGCCCAAAUUUCAAGUGCAUAAAUUCAGAGGCCUAAAGGGACCAGAUGUUGACAUUGAUGGAGACUUAGAGGGCCCAGAUAUAGAUAUCAAUGCCCCCACAGCUAACCUCAAAGGUCCCAAAACAGGUCUAAAAAUGCCUGAUUUGAAGAUGCCUGAUUUCGGGCUAUCUGGGCCAAAUGUAGAUGAACCUGACUAUGACUUACCUGAUAUUGGCCUCUCAGCCCCAAAGCUAAAAGGGGGAAUCAGUCCCCCAGAUUUGAAACUACCUAAGGGUCAUCUCAAAGGGCCCAAACUAGAUCUCAAUGAUCAAGAUUUUGAUGUUGAUGCUCCAUCUGGUAAACUGAAAAUGCCCAAAUUUGGGCUUUCAGGCACAAUGCCAAAAGGACCAAAUGUGGACAUAAAUGCAGGUGCGAAGUCACCAAAGUUCAGUCUAAAAAUGCCAAAGAUUAAAGGUGGGAUUGAUGCCCCUGAUGUGGAUCUACCAGACAUUGACCUCAAAGACCCUAAAUUAGAUGUAAACACUCCAGAUAUUGACAUUCAUUCACCCACAGGGAAAUUGAAAAUGCCCAAUCUGAAAAUGCCUAAAUUUGGAAUGAAAGGACCAGAUAUUGACCUAGAUGGAGAUAUAGAGGGACCAGACCUGAACUUGUCAUCUCCCAAACUCAAGGGCCCCAAAGCAGAUCUCAACAUUCCAGGUGCUGUUAUUGACAGUCCAUCAGGAAAUUUCAAGAUGCCAACUUUCAAGAUGCCAGAUUUAGGUUUAUCUGGACCAAAAGUUAAGGGGCCUGACUUAGAUCUUUCAGCUCCCAAGUUUAAAGGGGGAAUCAAUCACCCAGAUUUGGAUCUGCCAGAUGUUGCCCUCAAAGGCCCCAAAUUAGACCUCAAUGCACCAGAUGUAAACUUUAAUAUGCUCUCCGGUAAAGUCAAAGUACCUACAUUGAAGAAACCAACAGUUGAUCUGAAUGCUCCUGAUCUGGACAUUGAUGGCCCCUCUGGCAAACUGAAAAUGCCCACAUUCUUGCUGCCUGGUACAAUGUCAAAAUCCCCAGACUUGAGGCUCAAAGCUUCAAACAUUAAGGGGGGAAUUGAUGUUCCAGACAUGAAUUUACCAGAUGCUGAUCUCAAAGCCCCUGAACUAGAUGUGAAUGCCCCAGAUCUUGACAUCAAUGAACCCUCUGGGAAAUUCAAAAUGCCCAAAUAUAAAAUGCUUAAAUUCAGAGACCUAAAGAGACCAGAUGUUGACAUUGAUGGAGACUUAGAGGGCGCAGAUAUAGAUAUCAAUGCCCCCACAGCUAACCUCAAAGGUCCUAGAACAGGUCUAAAAAUGCCAGAUUUGAAGAUGCCUGGUUUCAGGCUAUCUGGGCCAAAUGUAGAUGAACCUGACUAUGACUUACCUGAUAUUGACCUCUCAGCCCCAAAGCUAAAAGGGGGAAUCAGUCCCCCAGAUUUGAGACUAUCUAAGGGUCAUCUCAAAAGCCCAAAACUAGACCUCAAUGCUCCAGAUAUGCCCUCAGGUAGAGUCAGAGUUCCAACCAUAGAGAGGCCAAAUGGUAGCAUCAAUGCCCCUGAUUUUGACAUCAACAUUCCUACAUUCAAAAUGCCCAAAAUGCCUACAUUUGGGUUGUCUACACCAAAAGGACCGGAUCAUGACAUCAGUGCUGACCUAGAUUAAAUUGCCUGGACCUACCUACAAUUGACUUAAAAGCCCCUAACAUGGAUUUAAACACUCCAGAUAUUAACAUUGGUUUACCGUCUUGGAAAUUCAAAAUGUCUCACCUCAAAUGCCUAAAUUCGGCCUUUCUGGUCUUGAAGGUUUCCAGAUGCUGGAAUAGAUGGAGACAUUGAUGGACCGGACCUGAACUUGUCAACCCUGAAAGUAAACACAGGGAUCGGUAGUCCAGAUUUAGACAUAAAAGUUCCCUUUGGUAACCUCAAAGGCCCCCAAGCUGAUCUCAAUUUGCCAGACAGUGACGUUGCUAUACAAUCUCGAAAAUUCAAACUGCCGUUGUUAAAUAUGCCUCAGUAUGGAAAUCCCAAUAGAAGAGCAGUAUCAGAUAUGGACUUUAUGAAAACAAAUGACAUUUCUCCUCCAAAGGCUAAAGUGGAUCUAAAAGCACCAGACUUGAAAGUUAGUCACCCAGAUGUCCGCCUGAGUUUACCCAAAGCUGAUAUCAGAGGCCCAGAAUACAAAGUGUCAUCGCAUAGUAAACGCAGAUCUGAUAGAGCACAUAUAAAAGAUUUGAUAUGCCAGGACAAGUAUAUAUGAAAGUGCCUGUUGGGAAGUCUAGGAAGGUCAAAGGAAGCGCUACUUAUCCCAUUGCAGAUAUUGAUUUGCCAGAAAUUGAUUACCAAGUGUUUGGUGUGGAUCUGAGAGGUUCAAACCUUAACCUUGGCGACCUCACAGUGAAAUCAUAAAUUCCCAAUACCAAGACUUCUAAAUUGGGUAGUUAUACAAGAAUACCAGAUAUAGACUCAAGUCUUCCCAGUAUUAACGCCUCAAUCCCUAUAUUCCCACUCCAAAGUGUGGAUUAGUGGUUUCACAGACAGAUUUUAAUUUGAGAAGAACUGACCUCAAGGGCAAUAAACAAUCGGAAACCCCAACUGGUGAAUGAAACCGGCAGAUAAAAAAAGUACAAAACAGUCUAAAAUUGUAGUCUAUGACAAAUUUGACUCAUGGUUCAAACCCCAAAAUUUCUGAAGAUCAAAUAUAUUUAAUCACUGUACAGUAUUUCCCAAACAUGCCAAAGAUGAUGUACCAGACGGAACUGGGAGCCUGAAAAAUUGGCACAAGGAAGAGUCAAACCGUAGAUCUCAUACACUCAGAUGUCUCGACUUCAGUGCAUCAAAUGUGGACCUUAAAGUUCCAGAAGAUGAGAACUUAAAAGGGUCAAAGCUUAUAUAGGAUUCAGACAACUGACUAAAUGUAAUUUUAGGCUUGUUUGAAUCACAAUCUUCUGUUGAAACAAUGCAGAAAACUUCUGUUACUUGCACUUAUUUGUACUUUUUAUGUAAAUUGAUUGGUGUUUGUUAUGAACAUGUUGAAAAUGUAUGUGUAAAGGGUUCUCAUUUUGUCACAUUGUUUUACAAAAUGGAUGAAAAGCUUUUUGAAAAGGUGUUUUUACUGUACACUUGCUGUAUUACAAUAAUUUGUUUUAUCUUUACAUUAAUGCAACAAAACAAUUAAUUCUAAAAAAAAUCUUAAUGCAUUAGCCUAGAUAACAUUAUUCUGACCAGAUUCUGACAGUAGGCCUUAUUUUCCAUAUUUUUGCUCUUGAAAUAACAUCUGGAAAAUUAA